AUGUGCAAAGUACAUGACGUAUAUUCUGUUUCCGCUGACCAUUUACUCAGAUUUUCUCUUUUGGCAAGACCGCAAAACGUUGGCUGUAUUUUGUCUGAACCAAUGUCUAAAUUUCAUACUGUUGUUACUGGUUGCACCGGAAACAUAGUAGUUGGAGAUAGGGCUGUAUUAACUGUUGGAUCUUCAUCUACUGAUGGUAAGAAAAUGAAGUUCCUAACUUAGAAAAAUCUCUCACUGUGGUUGAACAUUUCACUUCCGGUUUCUUUAAGUGAAUUUAGCAAGUAUUUGCGAAUUUCUUGAAGGGAAGCAAGUCUUUGCACUUCAUUUAGUUGCCUUAGUUUGUGUCAGAUACGGUUUACCCGUGUUAUGUUGUAUUUACGAACAUAAUUUGCGCUGAAAUACAGAAAGUUGUUAAACUUUUAAGGACAAAUCGUGGCAAAAAUAGAUCAGUUAAGUUGAAACCAUGUGAGAUUUGCCGACAUUUCUGAAAACUUAUAUAGCAAUUUUCACGGGAAUUCUGAAUCUUGAAAGUGACUUGUCGAUUUUAAAAACUAAACAAAUUUCAAAAAUACCGAUCGUGUGCUGUAGUGCACGUCUGAGACUGGAAACUCACUUACACACGUUUCUAGCUCAUUUCUUAAACCGCCAAAUUCAGUUGACACACCUUAAAGUUCGUUCGUCUGUUGAAAGAAGAAAUUGCAACGAUGCGUGGCUUGUUAUAUAAAAUACAGCAUAUAUCUAUUACGUCAUUUGCUGAAGGAAUCGUGCUGGACUUCACAACUUGCAUCUGAGAAAAAAUAAAAAACUUUGCUGACUCUCUGUAACCAGCAAGAAGAAGUCCUCAACCCGUUAAGGAUUAUAGGUCACUUCGUCUUCAACAAUCUGGUCGUUGAUAAAGCGUAGCCGGCGUGGUAGGCAUUUGAGGUCAAACAGCAGAUAACAAGCACACGGGCAGCAUGAUUUUUCCUUUCUUUCUUCUAAUGAGUAAAACAAGCUGUUGGGAGAUGAGACUUCUCAAAACCAGUCUGUAAAACUCAUCUAGCUGAUAGGCCUUUUCCUUCAUACGGUUCUUUUAACUGCUUAAUUUCUUCUAUUCUCCCUUCAAACUGAAAUUGAUGCCCUCAGUUUCUAAUUCUAACAAUGAAUUCCGUACAGAAAUCUCAUCACACUUCACUUACAAAAUAUUUGUAAAUGACAACUGAAAGAUCGAUUAAGUUACUCAGUAGUGUGAUGUUGAUUUCAGCCAAUCAGAUUAGGGUAUUAAGGCUGUAAUUGAGAUGUUUUGAAGACUGACCAAUCAGGAUUUUAGCAUUCGCCUAGUGGAUGUUAAAAACGAGAAAAACAGUAGUCUCGUGGCAGGUGUUUCUGUCCCUCCCUACUUGCAGGCCCCUCGCGUCUCUCUCGCACCUAAAUUUCCCUUCCCUUCCCUUUUGAACGCCUGCCACGCAGGCUAAGACAAAGGAAAAACAAACAUUAACUGAAAUAAAAAUUAACUACAACAUCUAAAUAUUAAAUAUCAUUUGUUGAAUUGAUUUUACAGCUCGUCCACGGCAACAACCACCCUCAGAGGAGGUACCCCCCACAGGACCCUGUAAGUUCACCAACAUUUGACCCAGUACUCUAAUAUUUAUCAAAAUUAAUAAUUAAUACCCUUGAGACUCAUAUGUAAUAGUGACCAAAGAAAACAGCCAUGUGUGUCUUGCUGUGUGCCAGCAAUUCUCCCCAACUCAUGGCUGGGCUCAGCGUAGAGGUUGGGUGUGCCUGUCUGUAAAGACAUUGAAAUAAUAAAAAAAAUUUACAGUGAUUAUAUAUACAUAGAAGAGAUGAUAACUGCCGGAAAUCUUAAAUCUGGGACUUGCAAUUCCCCCCUUCCUCAGUCACCCUUAGCUUCUUUCUUCAGAGCAACGCUCAGUAAGCGAAAAAGUAAAAUUAUGCAUGCAGAAAGGAGAAGAGGUGGCUACUUGUCAAUCUGUGAACAACAAAAGAUCACAGUCUCAAAGGAGUCAAAUUUUUGCUUAAGCUUUGACUUUGGUAGCACAUUAAGUCAAACAGACAUGUGUUGAGAACUACAUUCCAUUUUCCUAAUGGCAGCCUUGGGCUCCUGUCUUCGUUUUGCAUCAUCAAAAUUUCCAUCUGUGAUGACAGACGCUCAAUGGCAAAUUCUAUGAACCUGUCCAGAAAUUUUGAAUUUUGGGAAAAUGGGCUAAGUUCUAAACUAAAGCACAGAAUUUGCUCAAGAGAGGAUUUUACCUACAGUCUCAGUCAGAAUGGUUGGGACACUUUGGGGUCUCCUUGUCCCCUCAAUGUUGGUGUACAAGAUUUGGUGACCGAACUGCGAUAAACAACUUUGAGAGGGAUGACGGGAGCACGAGAAGGGAAAAAACAGCGUUUGGUUAGAGUGUCCCAACGAUUUUUGUCUGAGACUGUGUCGGGGAGGAAUUUGAAGGCGUGUUGACAGAUACGGGGGUUAAUCUGUAGGUCGGUCUAAGCGACUGGCUUUUUUGUUUGUUACGUCCAUUGUGUUUCGCGAACGUUUCUAUAGCAGUGAACUAAGUUAUUUGGGCAUAACAACAUAACACAAAGAAUGACCAGUUGGCAGAAGUUUCUUGGGCAGAGUAGAGUAUUGGAAAAUAAAAGGAACUGAGUGUGCACUAAACCGUACACAAAUAGCUCUCUAGUAGCCGAUUGAUAGCGUGACUGAAUAUAGCACGUGCAUACUAUCUACGCAAGAUUCAGGGUUUUCAUACACGGAGAGGCGCUCGAAUGUGCCACAUUUCUAGAAAAAAUGUGUGGAGAAUAAUAGAGAAGGCCUCUUUGCCAAGAAAGAGUGUAAGAACAAGGCUCAAGGGGAGGCCUUUCUAACUUAAGGGCAAGAGGCGGAAGACAGCUAAAAGAGCGAUUAAGCGAUUUUGGGAGAAAGGGGAAAACUUUUCCUCCAGAUUGGAGGAAAAUGUAACAAACCAGGAUUAUUCCCAAGACGUAUCAGCGAGAACAGUAUCCCGCUUUCUAAAUUCCUAAAGACACUAUUAACUACAAACGCGUAAAAAGGGUGUCCAACAAUAGUGUAACUGUUUAGUCCAACGCCAAAAAGUUUCUUAAUGAUAUUCCAGGCUACUGCUGUGAAAUCGACAACUUUUUAUAAGUUGUUUACAACAUAUGUUAAUUUGGCCUUGCGCCAAAUGGUGACAUCGGUUCUCAUUCUUUACCCCAAGUAUACACCUUCCUGAAUAGCUCUAAAACAAACUACUGUGCCAUAAAUGUGGGACUUGAGGUACAAAACAAAAAUCAUAUCAAACGAGGAAACUACCUAUCCUUACAACCUCAAAAAAAGCGUUAUACUCGACGUGUACACGGGUCACCGUACAUUAAUUCAAUUAAGAUAUUUAUAAGUUUCUUUCAGCAAACAAUCGUGUCACCAUGAUCAAAGUUUUAAUAACUUGUCUUACAUGUAUCAAGGCGCUAUAAACUUUAGCUAUUUCAAUUCAGUGUGAAAUUCCCUUAUCCUUUUCUUUCUUAAUCCAUUGUAUAUACUAGAGAGGUCUUAGAAAAUGCCCUGGAUAGUAUGGUGACCCGUUAUGGUGACCCGUCCAAUCGUGUCUCCACCGGUACAAUAUAGUAGCGGCAAGAUACACAGCCUGCGAAAUAAUGCGCGCAGUUUUGACUCAUCUGUUGUUCAAUCUUUAAACCCAAUACAUAGAAAGCUUUUUUUAAUACUUCGAAAUGUUUUAAUAAAAGAAACAAAGACUUCUUUCCUCUAUUGAUUGUCUUCUCUCUUUCUAUCCAUGUAAUCUCUAAUGUUUUUCCCGAAAAAAUGGCUCCGAAACGUGCAUAUACCUGCCUAGCGAUUUCCCGCCACUAGGGCCAACGAGGAGUCACAUACCUAAAAUUCCUCUAAAAUACAGUCUCAGUCAGAAUGGUUGGGACACUUUGGGGUCUCCUUGUCCCCUCAAUGUUGGUGUACAAGAUUUGGUGACCGAACUGCGAUAAACAACUUUGAGAGGGAUGAGGGGAGCACGAGAAGGGAAAAAAACAGCGUUUGGUUAGAGUGUCCCAACGAUUUUUGUCUGAGACUGUAGGAGAAUUGGUGAUCUGUAUGGGAGACUAGGAGAUUGGUGCCAUAGCCAGGUGCCCUGUUCCAGGUGUACCCUUAGUAUAGGAAUAUAUCACAUAGCAAUUUAAUUGCUGCUAAUUUAGGUCCUAAAAGGUAAAAUGGGUUUGUACACGUAACUGGUCAACUUAGACAAUGGCCUAACCCACUUGCCUAGCUGUGAGCAGGGGCCGAAGUCUGUCACAGAAUGAUGAGCUUUCUUUAAUGAUUUUCUUUUUCUGCUUUUAUUUACAGCUCAUGUCCAUUGUCAAGAAUCUGGUGGUGAUAGCAUGAACUAUAUAGCAAAGUCUGGUUAUGUCUUGGUAAUAAACAACUAUCUCUUCCCACAGAGGGUUACUGUUGAGCGAACUGGGUCGAAUGAUGAUGUUCAGAAUCUGACAAAUCUGUUUGAUGACUUUAACUUCCGAUCCCGGGUUCAUGAUAACCUAAGUAGAAGUGAGAUGUUGAAGUUACUGACAGAAACUGCAGAGAAAGACUUCACAAAGUAUGAUUGCUUUGUUUGUGUGAUCCUAAGCCAUGGUUCAAAAGAUGGAAUCUAUGGAACAGAUGAUGAGGUGAUUAAUAUUGAAGCAAUCACUUCACUAUUCCGCCGCGAUGAAUGCCCUUCCUUGGAGGGAAAACCAAAGAUUUUCCUGUUUCAAGCUUGUCGAGGAAAUCAACGAGAUAUAGUACCAGUGGAGAGUGAUAGUGACCCAGUGGUAUUUUCAAAUCCAAGUUUGCCAGCUGAUGCAGAUUUUCUCAUCUGUUUUGCUUCCGCACCAGGUCAUCAGAGCUACCGACAGCCUCUUCUUGGCUCAUGGUUCAUAAGCGCAGUUUUUGACGUGUUCAAGGAGCACGCAGAAAGGGAGCAUAUUAUGGAUAUGAUGCUAAGAGUCAACAACCAAGUUGCGGGAUAUUUCAGUAGAGAUGGUCUGAAGCAAAUGCCAUGCCAGGUCUGCAUGCUGACCAAAAAAGUGUUUUUUCAACCAAGAUAUAGCAGUUCAUGAAACUGAAAGUAGAAAAUAAGGAGUAACUGUUGUAAAGUUAACUGAAGAACUGAAAAGAGGGUACCUUGUUAGUAUGUACGUAGUAAGUCAUCAAUUUGUUAUAAAAUUUAGAAGUAACACUUGUUGUGUCUAAUUUUCGUGUUUUUAGACAAGAAAUGUUGCUUGCAUUGUCACCUUCCCCACCCAGGUGUAAUACUGGUACUUAUAACUUGGGUGUGUCUUUAGACAGAACACUGUUGUCCACAUUCUCUCCUUGCACCCAUGUAAAAGUUUGGUGGAGAGAUGCCGUACUUGUUGUUUCUGCAAUGGAAAAGUUGAUCAAAUUUAACCAAACAUCGAGUUGCAAAUUUUCUUCUUAAUUUGUAUGUCAUGUAUGUAUUUCUUAUGUACUAGUAGGGAAAAUUGUUUUUGAAAAUCACCCAAAGACAUUUCAUCAUUUUUGUGAUCAACAUAAUUGUAGUAAUCUUAAUUUUUUAAAUUUAUACAAGCUUUAAAUGCAAUUUAAGGAAGCGAAAUUAAAAGGAGAAAGUAAAGCUUAGAAGUAGACAAAUACUGAUUUGUAGAGUUUGCAUGAAAAUUGCCACCCAUAAGGAAGGUAAACUUCAGUAUGCAAGAUAUGCAAACGUGUGUGAAAAUUUCAUCCCACAAGGAAUUUUCAUGCCUGUUCAUGUAUUUUGUACACUUCUUUUAUCCCUCAGAAAAAUGAGGGACAACUCGUUGUCUGGCUAAGAAGGGUUACUAUAAUUAAACCCAGUUUUAAUAAGCUGUGGCCAUAGGGGCUCCUAGCAUUUUUCCUUUUAUGUACCGCAGGGUAAAGGCAUAAUUUUGAAUGCUAUGUUUGAUAUGCUAUAUAACUAAUUUUUUUGAAAAAUUGGGGUUCCAUAAACAUUUAUGGUUUGACUGUAAGACAGUCUUUUUUGUUUGAAUUUUAAUUUAUUAUCAAACAAAAUUUACUGCUUUUAUCACUGUACAUUAAGGGCUUGCCAUUUAUUUAUUGGCAAAUUUAAUUUAUUUACUGUGGGUUACCAAGAGAUAAUGAGCUAGCUCAUUCUCUCUUGAGGUUACUAAACUAUAAUCAAGGACACCUACUCGGGUCACACAACCCUAGUUCCUCCCUAUCUCCCUUCCAUGGUUGUUAAGUAAUGGUUUUUCAGUGGAUUUUUCUAGUUUUGAAGCCAACAUUGAAAGAGAGAGUGAAAAGGAAGUUGAGUACAACAUGUCAACUGACUCAACUGACCCAAGUUCUAAUAUCACGAAUUGUAGAUAGACAUUAAGCCAUGAUUUUAGUAAAAAUGAAAGUGUUGCUCUCCGAGGAAUGGGAAAUUGCCCAGCCUGGCAAAACAUACCUUUUCCAGUAACUAAUUUGGAUGAUUACCACUUAAAGUGCUUGAUAUUGUUGUAGGGAUUUACAAUAUAACAGAUUAUAGUUCUCAGUUUACCUAAGCUAAUAAUUUGAGUUGGAAGAGCUCACUAAAAUUAAUUCUUAGAAAACUAACGCCGAGAGUAGAUUUAUGUUUGUUAUUAAUUUUGUAUAUCAUGCAUAGGAAACC